AUGCUUAUACUAUCUCGUGUAUUCGAGAGGAACCAUGUUGAAAUUUUGAGGAAGUUUAUGAAGUUUGUCGGACCUGGGAUCAUGGUCAGUGUUGCAUACAUGGACCCUGGGAACUAUUCUACUAGUGUGUCAGGUGGUGCACAAUUUAAAUACAAAUUGUUGUUCAUCACAUUCAUUUCAAACAUAUUUGCGAUUGUCUUGCAAUGCCUCUGCAUCAAGCUAGGUACAAUCACUGGUUUGGAUUUAGCUGAAAACUGCCGUCGUCAUUUUUCAAAGCGUGUUAAUUAUAUUCUAUACGGGUUUGCAGAAGUUGCAAUUAUCGCAACAGACUUGGCGGAAGUGAUUGGUGCUGCCGUUGCAUUAAAUAUCUUGUUUAACAUUCCCUUGUUAUGGGGUGUGCUGUUGACCGUUUUUGAUGUGUUGCUGAUACUUCUGUUUUACAGGCCAGAUGAACAUUCCAUGAAACGGGUCCGGGCGUUCGAAACUUUUGUUGGGAUUUUAGUUGGAGCGACAGUUAUUUGUUUCGCUAUUGAAUUGUUCAAGAUAUCCGUACCAAGCAAGUUAGAGGUGUUCAAAGGCUUCAUUCCAAAUCCCAUCAUCUUCAAAGAACAACAAGCGAUGUAUAUCUCUUUAGGUAUUCUUGGUGCUACUGUGAUGCCUCAUUCCUUAUUUUUGGGUUCCUCUCUCGUAAAACCAAGGGUUUUCGAUUACGACUUAAAAAAAUACGGUAAAAUUAAGGAACAACCUUCAGUAGGUGCCAUUGAGUACACGUUGCGAUAUUCGUACGCUGAAUUGAUAGUGUCGUUGUUUUUCAUCGCCACUUUCGUCAAUGCUGCCAUUUUAAUAGUCGCUGGUGCGACUUUAUAUGGGCAACCCGAUGCAGAGGAUGCUGAUUUACUCUCUAUUUAUGAAUUAUUGUCCCAUUAUGUGUCUCCAGCUGCUGGGCUCGUAUUUGCAUUGGCAAUGCUCUUUAGUGGUCAAUCAGCAGGUGUCAUUUGUACCAUGGCAGGUCAAAUUGUAUCAGAAGGGUUUUUAGAGUGGUCACUUGAACCUUGGGUGACUCGUCUAUUGACAAGGUUGAUAGCCAUCGUACCCUGUUUCUUAGUUACGGCUUUCUUGGGAGAAAAGGGGGUAUCUAGUAUUCUAAACUUGAGUCAAGUGGUUCUCUCAUUGAUUUUACCAAUCGUUUCUGCUCCUUUGAUUUACUUCACUAUGAAUCAUAAAAUUAUGACCGUUGUGGAUGUGGAUUCUGCACCCGCAUCUGCAGACAGUACUGAAGAAAGUAGAUUAUUAUCGAAAGGCGUUAAGUCCAUUGACUACACCAAUGGAAGACUGUUGAGCAUCAGUUCAUUUGUUAUAUGGUUGACAAUUGGUUCAUUGAAUUGUUAUCUUGUAUUUUCAUACCUCAUGGGAGCGGACGUGCAUUUUUAA